AUGAAUAAAUAUUUGAUCAAAAAAGACAAAUUGCUUUAUGGUUCGGACACUACUACGACUGACAAUGGUAUCAAAACCACAGCGGGCAACACAACGGAUGCAGUACCAAGAUGCUCUGAAAAGACAGGAGUACCAGGUGACAUUGGAAAAGAAGACGUUCCAAAGCAACCGAGAAUAAAAUUUCCAGCGAAGUCUGGUCGCCAUUUUAGUAACAGCUGUCAUUUUGAAAUUAACCAUUGGUAUUCUGUGGGAAGUAUCAGAACCAUUCCAUCGCUGUAUAUUCUGUGGGAUGUAUCAGAACCAUUCCAUCGCUGUAUAUUCUGUGGGAUGUAUCAGAACCAUUCCAUCGCUGUAUAUUCUGUGGGAUGUAUCAGAACCAUUCCAUCGCUGUACAUUCUGUGGGAUGUAUCAGAACCAUUCCAUCGCUGUAUAUUCUGUGGGAUGUAUCAGAACCAUUCCAUUGCUGUAUAUUCUGUGGCAUGUAUCAGAACCAUUCCAUUGCUGUAUAUUCUGUGGGAAGUAUCAGAACCAUUCCAUCGCUGUAUAUUCUGUGGGGUGUAUCAGAACCAUUCCAUCGCUGUAUAUUUUGUGGGAAGUAUCAGAACCAUUCCAUUGCUGUAUAUUUUGUGGGAAGUAUCAGAACCAUUCCAUCGCUGUAUAUUUUGUGGGAAGUAUCAGAACCAUUCCAUUGCUGUAUAUUCUGUGGGAAGUAUCAGAACCAUUCCAUCGCUGUAUAUUCUGUGGGAUGUAUCAGAACCAUUCCAUUGCUGUAUAUUCUGUGGGAAGUAUCAGAACCAUUCCAUCGCUGUAUAUUCUGUGGGAUGUAUCAGAACCAUUCCAUCGCUGUAUAUUUUGUGGGAAGUAUCAGAACCAUUCCAUUGCUGUAUAUUCUGUGGGAAGUAUCAGAACCAUUCCAUUGCUGUAUAUUUUUUGGGAAGUAUCAGAACCAUUCCAUCGCUGUAUAUUCUGUGGGAUGUAUCAGAACCAUUCCAUUGCUGUAUAUUCUGUGGGAAGUAUCAGAACCAUUCCAUCGCUGUAUAUUCUGUGGGAUGUAUCAGAACCAUUCCAUCGCUGUAUAUUUUGUGGGAAGUAUCAGAACCAUUCCAUUGCUGUAUAUUCUGUGGGAAGUAUCAAAACCAUUCCAUUGCUGUAUAUUCUGUGGGAAGUAUCAGAACCAUUCCAUUGCUGUAUAUUCUGUGGGAAGUAUCAGAACCAUUCCAUUGCUGUAUAUUUUGUAGGAAAUAUCAGAACCAUUCCAUUGCUGUAUAUUUUGUGGGAAGUAUCAGAACCAUUCCAUUGCUGUAUAUUCUGUGUGGAAGUAUCAAAACCAUUCCAUUGCUGUAUAUUCUGUGGGAAGUAUCAGAACCAUUCCAUUGCUGUAUAUUCUGUGUGGAAGUAUCAGAACCAUUCCAUUGCUGUAUAUUUUGUGGGAAGUAUCAGAACCAUUCCAUUGCUGUAUAUUUUGUGGGAAGUAUCAGAACCAUUCCAUUGCUGUAUAUUCUGUGUGGAAGUAUCAGAACCAUUCCAUCGCUGUAUAUUUUGUGGGAAGUAUCAGAACCAUUCCAUUGCUGUAUAUUUUGUUGGAAGUAUCAGAACCAUUCCAUUGCUGUAUAUUCUGUGGGAAAUAUCAGAAUUAUUGUAUUGUUGUAUAUGUAA